AUGUCUCAGAGUUGGGAGAUUCCACAUUGCCGACAGGGAAAACACCAUGUCCAGGGCCCGGGGGCUGCACAUGCCUCCGAGAAUCCAGAGGAGGCUUCUCCCUCCUCCUCCCAUUCUCUAAUGCCUGGCAACCUGGAGGAGGCUUUGGCUGCUGGGGCACCUAGUGCUUGCCAGGGUCCUUGGAGUGCCUGCUUAGCUUAUGCUGUCACCACAGCCUUCUUAUCAAGCAAAUCAGACCCUCUUGAUGAGAAGGUGAAUUUGUUGGUGCAGUUCCUGCUGCAAAAGUAUCAAAAGAGAGCCGAUCACAAAGGCAGACAGAUUAGUGAUGUCAUCAGAGAGCACAAGGAUGACUUCCUUGAGGUCCUCGGAGAGCCCUCUGCACACCUAGAGCUUGUCUUUGGGGUAGAUGUGAAGGAAGUCGAUCCCACUAGCCAUGGCUAUGCUCUCGUCAACAAACUAGGCCUCACCUAUGAUGCCAGGCUCAGUGGUGAUGAGGGCAGGCCCGAGACUAGCCUCCUGAUAAUUAUCCUGGGCAUGAUUUUCAUGAAGGGCAAUCAUGCCACUGAGGAGGAGAUCUCGGAAGUCCUGAAUACAAUGGACUGA